GAGCGCCGGGAGCCGGAGCGCCGAGCGGGGUCGUGGCGGCGGCGGCGGCGGUGGUGAGAAGAGCGAGGAGGAGGGGGUGCCAUGGCGGGGCAGCAGUUCCAGUACGAUGACAGCGGGAACACCUUCUUCUACUUCCUCACCUCCUUCGUGGGGCUCAUCGUGAUCCCAGCCACCUACUACCUCUGGCCCCGAGACCAGAACGCCGAGCAAAUUCGCUUAAAGAAUAUCAGAAAAGUGUAUGGAAGAUGUAUGUGGUAUCGUUUACGGUUAUUAAAACCUCAGCCGAAUAUUAUCCCUACAGUAAAGAAAAUAGUUCUGCUUGCAGGAUGGGCAUUGUUCUUAUUCCUUACAUACAAAGUUUCCAAAACAGACCGAGAAUAUCAAGAAUACAAUCCUUAUGAAGUAUUAAAUUUGGAUCCUGGAGCAACAGUAGCAGAAAUUAAGAAACAGUACCGUUUAUUAUCACUUAAAUAUCAUCCAGAUAAAGGAGGUGACGAGGUUAUGUUCAUGAGGAUAGCAAAAGCUUAUGCGGCCUUAACAGAUGAAGAGUCCCGGAAAAAUUGGGAAGAAUUUGGAAAUCCAGAUGGGCCACAAGCCACAAGCUUUGGAAUUGCCCUGCCAGCUUGGAUAGUUGACCAGAAAAAUUCAAUUUUGGUUUUACUUGUAUAUGGAUUGGCGUUUAUGGUUAUCCUUCCAGUUGUCGUGGGCUCUUGGUGGUAUCGCUCAAUACGCUAUAGUGGGGACCAGAUUCUAAUACGUACAACACAGAUUUAUACAUACUUUGUUUAUAAAACCCGAAAUAUGGAUAUGAAACGCCUUAUCAUGGUUUUGGCUGGAGCUUCUGAAUUUGAUCCUCAGUAUAAUAAAGAUGCCACAAGCAGACCAACGGAUAAUAUUCUAAUACCACAGCUAAUCAGAGAAAUUGGCAGCAUUAAUUUGAAGAAGAAUGAGCCUCCACUUACCUGCCCGUAUAGCCUGAAGGCCAGAGUUCUUUUACUGUCUCAUCUUGCUAGAAUGAAAAUUCCGGAGACCCUUGAAGAAGAUCAGCAAUUUAUGCUAAAAAAAUGCCCCGCUCUACUUCAAGAAAUGGUUAAUGUUAUCUGCCAGCUCAUAAUAAUGGCGCGCAGCCGGGAAGAAAGGGAGUUUCGCGCUCCAACUUUGGCAUCCCUAGAAAACUGCAUGAAGCUUUCCCAGAUGGCUGUUCAAGGCCUUCAGCAGUUUAAGUCUCCUCUUCUGCAGCUCCCUCACAUUGAAGAAGACAAUCUGAGACGGGUUUCCAAUCAUAAAAAGUACAAAAUUAAAACCAUCCAGGAUUUGGUGAGUUUAAAAGAAUCAGAUCGUCACAGUCUAUUACACUUCCUUGAAGAUGAAAAAUAUGAAGAAGUUAUGGCUGUCCUUGGGAGUUUUCCAUAUGUGACCAUGGACAUAAAAUCACAGGUAUUGGAUGAUGAAGAUAGCAACAAUAUCACAGUAGGAUCCUUAGUUACCGUGUUGGUUAAGUUGACAAGGCAAACAAUGGCAGAAGUAUUUGAAAAGGAACAGUCAAUCUGCGCUGCAGAGGAACAGCCAGCAGAAGAUGCGCAGGGUGACAUUAAUAAGAACAGAGCAAAAGGAGGAUGGCAACAGAAGAGUAAAGGACCCAAGAAAACUGCUAAAUCCAAAAAAAAGAAGCCUUUAAAAAAAAAACCUACGCCUGUGCCAUUACCACAGACAAAACAACAGAAACAAAAGCAGGCAAAUGGAGUUGUUGGAAGUGAAGCUGUGGUAAAAGAAGAUGAAGAAGAAGUAUCAGACAAAGGCAGUGAUUCUGAAGAAGAGGAAACCAAUAGAGAUUCCCAGAGUGAAAAAGAUGAUGGGAGUGACAGAGACUCUGACAGAGAACAAGAUGAAAAACAAAACAAAGAUGAUGAAGCGGAGUGGCAAGAACUACAACAAAGUAUACAGCGAAAGGAGAGGGCUCUCCUGGAAACUAAAUCAAAGAUAACCCAUCCUGUGUACAGUCUUUACUUUCCCGAGGAAAAACAAGAAUGGUGGUGGCUUUAUAUUGCAGACAGGAAGGAACAGACAUUAAUAUCUAUGCCAUAUCAUGUGUGUACACUAAAAGAUACAGAAGAGGUAGAACUGAAGUUUCCUGCACCUGGCAAGCCUGGAAAUUAUCAAUAUACAGUGUUUCUGAGAUCAGAUUCCUAUAUGGGUUUGGAUCAGAUUAAACCAUUGAAGUUGGAAGUUCAUGAGGCUAAGCCUGUGCCAGAAAAUCACCCGCAGUGGGAUACAGCAAUAGAGGGAGAUGAAGACCAGGAGGACAGCGAGGGCUUUGAAGACAGCUUUGAGGAAGAAGAGGAAGAAGAGGAAGAUGAUGACUAAGCAGUGCUGUGAAUGGACCACAGCGUUCGCACAUACUUGCAAAGUUUUUGCUGUUUUGGAAGUGUAUAAUAAACCAGAAGCAGUGCAGAACUGAUGUCGAGGGAGCGUUACUUUCUUUACUGGAGAUGGGUGCAUCAAAUAACUGGGCAGUUGGUGCUGCCUUGGUACAAUCUGAGAAAAGCUGAAGGUUUAUUAAAGCCUUUCAAACCUGGGGUGGUGCAUUCACUACAUCUGCGAAAGAUAAUAAGUCCUCGGUUAUUGUACCUGUCCAGAAGUGUGGGCUGUGUAUUAUCUGAUCAGUUUAUGGUCCCAGUAAAAGUAAAGGUACAUGAAAAACAAUCUAUAAAUGAGCAACUUUCAUUUGUUCAGCUUUAGUUUUAGUAAACAAAGCGUGAUAAACAACACAAGUAUGUUUUAAGUAACAUCUUGAGUUUUUAAUCUCUUGAUAAGCUCUGUUCCUUUAUUGACAUUCUACAGGUGAUAAGACUGUUUAUAACAGCUCCAUACAUAGCUUUAAAUCUUUUAUUUUCACCUAUCUGGGUUGCAAGUUGGCAUUCUCUCACAUUCCACAUACUACAGAGGGCUGCAUUGAGGGUUCUUCCUUUUCUGAAUUGCCAGAGUUGACAGACAGAUGAUAAAAAUGGUUUAAAAACAUUUUAAAAUCUCUGUCUUAGCAGAUCAGUGCAGGAUCUAAUUAUUUUGAUAAGCUGUCAGUCUGAAAGUGCUGUGGGACCAUAUGUUCUCUGAUGUUGGUGGCUUAUGUAAAAGGUUUACUAUAAAAGCUGAACUACAUUCUUGGCUUUUAAUCUACCUAUCAGAAGCCUUUUAAGGGAAAAAUAUAACAUGCAAAGGAGGCAUUUUUUGUAUUCAUUUUGGACUCCUGUCAAUAAAAUAGAAGUUUGACUCGUUU